AUGUUGUUCAAUACAGCCCUAUCACUGCUGGUGGCCAGUGUCACCAUCCACCAAUGCGCCGCGAACGAGGAAGCUGGGGCCAACGAACUGCCAAUACUCCUAAAGCAGGAGUUCUCCACUGUUGAGUACGGCGCCCUCGAGAAGAGAGACACAUGUCCUGGGGGUGGGCGAUGCAUCAUAGGGACAUGUUGUGGUGACGGAUGUGCGCAAAAUUGUUGCGGACAUGAUGAAGGCGGUGUUGGUUGUGGUAUUGCUCAGCGAUGCCAAUUUGAUGGCAACGUAUUCAUCGGAUGCUGUGCCAACCUUAUCGGAGGAUGUACUGGAACCCCCACCAUGGUUACGAUCCACACACCUUACAGGACUGUGACGCUUCGAAGUGGCGAUGACGAUUCAACUACCUACGCCCCGGCCAUCCCCACGACGGACGUGUCGAGCGUGUCUGGGGUAUCUACGCAUGUAGAUUCUGGUUUGAGGACGGCGACUGUCGCUUCAACUAGGACCACAUCGACAUCAACCUCUUCAAAUGAGGAAAUUUUCACCACCACUGCGGUUGAGUCCUCGACGGCUACAUCUAGCGAGAUUAAUCUGUCGACCUCCGAGACCACUUCAAGCGAUGCCAGCACGAUCUCAAAUGACUUAGGUUCGGAGGCAAGCUCAGCUGCCGGGCCAGAAGCAACUGCAAGCGACAGCGUCUCCGAUGAUGAAACCACCCCCUCAAGCGGAGGAGUUAGUAAAACUUUCAGCGGAAUGGGAAUGGGAACGUUGUUAGCAUUUGGGGCAUGGUUCCUAGGGACCGCGUAG